CCCGAGCGCCCGUCGGUAGCAACACGCGCUCAUUCAUUUCAGCGCGCGCAGCGCACACUUUGUACCCGUGAAGGUUUUGGCGAACGACGCUCAACUUUGACCGAGCUACACACCGGACAAACAUGUCAGGUUCCACUCCCCCGGCCACACCGGUCGAGGCUUGCGGAGCUACGGGGACCGAAGCUUCUCUCCCCCCCGGUUACAAACCAUUCCGCCCCGAGGACCAUGGCCUGGACAGGGGCUUCCGACUUACAGCGUUCUCCGACCUUAAGGGAUGAGGGUGCAAAGUCCCGCAGGAGGCACUGCUCAAACUCCUCGCGGGACUGGAGCCUGACCGGCUACCGGGCGUUCCGGAGGCCGGGGAUCAAGCCUCGGAAUUCGUUCAACAAAUCUCGCCGGCAAACGCUGGUCCAAGACUAGGUAUAGGAAUGGACUCGUGCGUCACCCCGUUGAGGCACGGAGGGCUCUCAUUGGUCCAGACCACAGACUUCUUCUAUCCUCUUGUAGAAGAUCCCUACAUGAUGGGCAGGAUAGCCUGUGCUAAUGUCCUCAGUGACCUGUAUGCCAUGGGCAUCACAGAGUGUGACAACAUGCUCAUGCUGCUCAGCAUCAGCCAGAAGAUGAACGAGAAGGAGCGCGAGCGUGUGAUGCCGUUGAUGAUGCGGGGCUUCCGGGACGCGGCGGAGGAAGGUGGGACCUCGGUGACGGGCGGACAGACGGUCGUCAACCCAUGGAUCAUUGUAGGGGGCGUGGCCUCAGUCGUCUGUCAGCCCAACGAGUUCAUCAUGCCAGACAGUGCUGUACCAGGUGAUGUGCUGGUGCUCACCAAGCCUCUUGGGACACAGGUGGCAGUCAACGCUCACCAGUGGCUGGAGCAGCCUGACAGGUGGAACAAGAUCAAACUAGUGGUCACCAAGGAGGAAGUGGAGCUGGCCUACCAGGAAGCUAUGUUCUCCAUGGCAACGCUAAACCGCACAGCUGCGACCCUCAUGCACAGGUUCCAGGCCCACGCUGCCACAGACGUGACGGGCUUUGGGUUGCUAGGACACGCCAACAACCUGGCGUCCCAGCAGCGCAGCGACGUGGCCUUCGUCAUCCACAACCUGCCAGUCAUCGCCAAGAUGGCCGCCAUCAGCAAGGCUUGCGGCAGCAUCUUCAACCUGGUGCAGGGAACGUCAGCAGAAACUUCCGGGGGGUUACUGGUAUGUCUUCCCAGAGAACAAGCUGCCAAGUUUUGUGCUGAGAUGAAGAGUCAGGGGGCAGGGUUCGGGGGUCAAGGGUCAGUGGGCGGAGCUUGGAUCAUCGGAAUAGUAGAGAAGGGCGACCGCCGUGCUCGCAUCAUCGACAAGCCACGUAUCAUCGAGGUUCCGUCCAGAGGGAGCCAAGCGGCCAAUCAGGACAACAGCUCCGCAAGCCCCGCCCCCAGCCCCACCCUGUCGUAAACUCUACCACACACGCUGCCACUCUGGUUCUCUGUGUCUGUCUGUGUUUCUGUCUGUGUGUGUGUCUGUGUGUGUGUGUCCACCAUCAGUCACAGCUGAUCACUUCAGACUUUUCCAUCAUGCUGUUCCCUGAGUCUCCUUCCUGUGUCGACUGCUGUCUUAUCCAUCAGAUUAUUCCAAAUGAAAUAAAACUACAUUCCAGCAAGACCCCUUCAAAGCUACUGAAGUGUGUGUGUGUGUGUGUGUGUGUGUGUGGGUAUCCAGGGUGGAGUGUGUCAGUGUUGAGGUUAAACUGUAAUGGCCCAUCAGAGGUUUGAAACUGAAGGAUCUGGGUGACGUUAACAUGUCUUGUUGGUGAAUGUGAACAAAUGGUACCGUUCAAAACUCAAUCAGGGCUCCCACCCCCAAGCCCAGCCCAGGGGGAGGGUUGAGCAACUCUCUCUGGGCCCGUAAGGAGGUCUGGGAUGCCAUCUCUGUCAGCUUAUUGGCUGUUCAACUGCAAAGUCCCUCCCCCUUCCUGUUAAUGAUGCUCUGUCUUGUAAACCCCAAGCAAUGGGAGAAGGUGGAGUGGAUGUAUUUGGAAGGGGAUUGGUGUUGCAGAUUGUCAGUCAUGAGUUGUGUGUUUCUGUAUCCUGCAUUUCACAAUCAAUUAAACCAUCUAAAACCUCA